AUGGUAACAGUGAGAUCUAUUAUAGCCUUAGCUGCUUCUAAAGGUUGGAAUAUGUUUCAGAUGGAUGCACAUAAUGCCUUCCUUCAAGGUGAUCUUGAAGAAGAGGAACAAACUGAUAUUGUCAUUGUGCUUGUAUAUGUUGAUGACUUACUGAUCACUGGUAGUAACAUCACUCUGAUUGAGAAGGCAAAACAGAUUCUAAAUCACAAGUUCAAGAUGAAGGACUUAGGAGAGCUGAAAUAUUUCCUUGGAAUUGAAAUCAUGAAGUCUACAAGAGGUGUACUAUUGAAUCAAAGGAAGUAUGUGUUGGAACUCAGUUCUGAAAUGGGACUGAGUGGAUCAAAGCCAACAAUUACUCUUUUAGAAGUCAAUCGAAAACUCACAACAAGGGAGUUUGAUGAGGCAACCAAUAGCACAAGAGAUGAACUACUGUCUGAUGCCAAUGCAUAUCAGAGGCUGAUUGAAAAGUUACUUUAUGUGACUAUAACAAGACUUGAUAUUUGUUUCUCAGUUCAAACCUUAUGGCAAUUUAUGCAGAUGCCAAAGAGAUCACACUGGGAGGCUGCAUUGAGGACAAUAAAGUAUCUGAAGAAUUCACCAGGACAGGGCAUACUAUUACAAUCUGGAGUCACUCAACAACUCACUUGUUGGUGUGAUUCUGAUUGGGCUUCUUGUCCAAACACCAGAAGGUCUGUUACUGGUUUUGCUGUCAAAUUUGGAAACUUAUUGUCUCCUGGAAAUCUAAGAAACAACAAACAGUAA